AUGGAAGAAGCGGUAACAAAAAUUGGCCUACGAGCCGACUGUGCCGCAUUGAUAUGGAAUGUUUAUUUGGAUUUCGAAAAGAUGAUCCUGAAUUCGGCAGAAGGAAAGGAAUCUGACAUAUUACGGGCAGCAUUCGAAAACUCUGCGAAACGAAUGGCUGAUAUUACAGCGUUCGAGGAUCGCCUCACUGACGCGGAGGAUUUGAAUGAAAAAUUGUCAAUUUUAAUGGAAUACAUCGAAUUUGAAAUGCAAACAAAAGAUCCAGUAAGAAUUCAGAUGAUGUUUGAAAGGGCUGUUUGUACAUCUGCUGACAAUCCAAAUGCUGCUGUAUGGUUGCAGUAUGGUAACUGGUUGGAUUCUUCACUAAAACUGCCACAGGUUUCUGUGGAAGUAUACGCUCGUGCAGUACGCCAUUCUCCAUGCACAGCACUUUGGCAGCAAUAUUUUACGGCACUGGAACGCUCGAAUGCCACUGCAAAUGAGAUUGAUUCGAAAUGGCCAGAAGCUCGUAGUACAAUAACAACACCGGACGAGGGCUUAUCACUUUACCGCACAUACAUAUAUUUACUUCGGCGACGUGUAGCGAAAGAAGAUGGUAAUGAUUAUGCUGUGGUAUUGGAGAAAUUCGAAGAGGGAGCAGCGUUUUUGGCUGAAAAAUUUGGAUCUCAUUGGGAUAGUCCAAAAGCUCAGUAUCGCAAAAAUUACGCUUUAUUUCUGUAUACAGUGGUUAAACAACCGGAUAAAGCUCGAAAAAUUUGGAAUGAUAUUUUGGCAUCCGGUAGUGGUCAUCUUGCUGCUGCAUGGCUCGAAGCUGCCAAUCUGGAACGGUACUUUGGUGAGCUGAACAAUGCACGCAAACUGUACUAUCGAGCCAUAAACUCAGCAAGCGAUCAUCCAUUCACGGUAAUUUUUCUCAGUUUUCAGUGCUUCAUUUUACUUUGGUAUUUGAUGCUCUCAUACAAUUCGAACGAGAAGUCGGUACUCUGCAAGAGUUGGACAAGGCGCUCGAGAAAGUGA